AUGUCGUCGGCGCUGUUCGCUGUGGCGCAGGAGAUGGUGCCUCGCGCCAGGCUGGUCACCCUGUCCUCGGCUCCGCGCCACUGCGGCGACACUGGUGAUCACGCCACGCCAGCCUCUGUCCUCCACAGCAUGCGGUUCACCGUGUGCAACACGGGUACCAUGCCAUGGCCACGCUCCGUCACGGUGCGCAGCGUCAACAGCGGCGAGCCCGUGGUUGUUGCGGAGCAGUGUGAUGACGCCAGCCAGCGGCCAGUCCAGCCUGGGGAGGCCGUGGACGUGCUUGUCCAGGGUGCAAGAUCAUGCACCCUUCGUCUGACAGCCAACGACGGCGCACUGUCGUUUGGCCCUUUCCUCCACUUCCAAGUCGCCCAGCGCGCAGCAGCGUCGUCGCCACCACGGACGAGUUCAGCCACAGCCCUUGCAGUGCAGCCCACCAUGGUCGUCCUGCUGAAGCCCACGCACACACACGCCGGCAACGAGCGCAUCAAGGUGGCCAUCAAGCUCACCCCCGCACAGGCAGCUGAGCUGCGUCGCGCCCAGCACCUACAAGAAGCAGAAGAAGAGGAGGAAGGGGAGGAGCAGCAGCGGGCCGAAGAAGAAGAAGAAGAAGAAGAAGAAGAAGAAGAAGAAGUCCAAAUUGCAUCGGAAGACCAAGCAGUCUAUGCGGUUUCUCCUCGAGUGGCUGCACAAGCGGAGGAGGAGCACCAUGGCAAGGACAUGCAACGCGGGGAAAGCCUGCAGGCUGAGAUGCAACAGGAGGCGCCAUUGAUUGAACUCUUCACAGAACCGCCGCGCGAAGAGGGCGAUAUCCACCAGCAGCCGGCGACAGAGCAAGAGGAGCAGCCGCCUCUGUCUUCUUCUCCCACAACACCAACAUCAGCAGCAAUAGCAUCAGCGCCAGCAACAGCAGCAGCAACGCCACCAAGCAGCCGCAACGAGCAACAGCAGCCUGUGUCCGCUGUACAGACACACAAAGCCAAUCCACACGACCCCCAAGACUCACGAGAGACGCAAGCACAACAUCCACAAGAGGCACACGACACACACGACAUGCAAGAACCACAAGAACCACAGCAGACACCACAAGACGAUGAAGAGGUGGAGGAGGAGGAGAGUGCGUAUGUGCUGCCUGAGACACGAUACGAGCUGCCGCGCUCCACGUUUGACGUUGCCGCACUUGUUGCCAACCAAGACAUGGCGUGGUUCCCUCCGCCGCCAACGGCGUAUCCACCUCGCUCCCAGUCCAUCAGCAGCGAGGAGCACGUGCACAGCAAGGCAAGCUGGCGCGAUGAAGACUACCCGGCCACCACUGGUGCCGACCACCGCCACCGCCACGACCACGAUGAUGACAUCUUUGACGCCGUUGCUGCUGGUCGAUAUGGAAAGGGUCGCGGAGCACACAGCCGCCUCAGUGACGACAGUGCUGAUGGUGAUGAUGGUGAUGGCAAUGUCAGCGCCGCGUCAUCACGCGUGUCAGACACCAAGGCGUCGCCUGCGUACGACCUUGACUUUGAUCGUCCGUAUCAGCUGCCAGAGCCAACGUUCGAUGUGUCAACUCUUGUUCUCGACUGA